UUCAUACUCUCCACCCAUCGCAACUUCCUGUUGACCAGCAAUGCUUCGAAACAAAAAUAGGCACUCGAUUCGAGAGCAAAUGUCGACCCUUAAACGAUUUCCAUGUGGCUUUCUCCCGGGCCAGCGGUACCGGUGGAAGCUAGAUCUCUUGGCCUUCAAAUGCAAGCGAUGCCGCAUCCGCACCGACUGCGAUUGUUCACGACCACAAAUCUUUGCUGACCUACCCCUUUCGAGUGCCAACCGACCUGUUUCAAACACACCCUUGGCGGCUUCCUCUGCUCCACAGCUUCUUAGCACAAGAACCAUAUCAUGGUGUAACAGACACCGAAGAGCUAAUCUGUCUUGGCGCCGUGACCAUGAUACAUUGCCUUCUCUCCAUAAUCACAACCUCGUUUACAUAGGUAGUCAAGAAUAGCUGAUCCGGUCCAAUGGAACACUCCAGCUCCGUCAGCCGCUCCGUUCAAGGUGCCAUGAUUCGCGUGGGAGGCCGUAUCGGGUGCGUAUUGAGCAUUGAUGUCGUCGGGUACGAAGUUGUGAAGGUGCACAGCCUCAGGGUGGCCCGCCUGCCCCCCCAGAGUUCAGCGCCGGUCGCCAACGGCUCAGUAGCCUAUCAAAGCCAUGGUGUGAGCAUCCCGCGGCCAUUACGGCCCACUCGUCACUCGCGUUUCCCACGCACGGAGGAAGUUUGCUUUGGCCAAGUUGGGCUGUUGUGUGUGGUCUGUUUGGGUGUGCUGAGGUGUCUAGUCAGUCACCUAGUCUGAACAGAUGUUUGAUCCAGGUAGACUAGGUAUUGUUGCUCGGUGCGUUCGGAUGAUGGUUUGCCAGUGACGACAGGAGUGACAGUUAAAAUCGAACGGUGCUGUCGGGCUUGCUGGGCCCAGCAACUGGGGGAAAGUGGGGCAUGGCACAUCGUAUCGCGCCCCAGGGCCGGCCGGGACGAGACGCUGCCAGUGGGAAGCUCCAGAGGCUAAACAGGGGGUCUGUUGGCGUGUUGGUGUUAUGUAAUCAGGCCUCAAGCCGCUAUCAACCCAUUGUUUCCCCUCGAAAUUUCCUGGGCCACCGCUUACUGCUGGCCAUGCAUCCAUACUGUGCCGGCUUCCUUUGAAAGGCGAGCGGUCAGCCAGAGCAGUGUGCUUCUCUUAUUUCUCUCCAGUUUUCGUCCAUCCGUGGCCAAUUCAACCCCCUUCCCGAACCCAUUGCGCACAACGAACGAGGCCCCAGAGCGAGACGACGCUCCUCCGAUUUCCCCUUCCUCCUAUCCCACACAUCUGCCAACCAUGGCCGCCAUGCAAGAAUCCGGACAGCACCAGACUGCCAUCCGAAGGAAGCUCGUUAUCAUCGGAGACGGUGCUUGCGGUAAAACCAGUUUGCUGAGCGUAUUCACCCUCGGCUUCUUCCCCACAAUUCCAACCGUUUUCGAAAACUACGUGACCGACUGCAAAGUAGACGGCAAGAACGUACAACUCGCCCUCUGGGAUACCGCCGGCCAGGAAGACUACGAGCGGUUACGGCCGCUAGCAUACUCCAAAGCACACGUCAUCCUGAUAGGCUUUUCCAUCGACACGCCAGAUUCACUCGAUAAUGUUAAACACAAGUGGGUGACAGAAGCACAAGAGAGAUGUCCCGAGGUGCCAAUCAUCCUGGUAGGACUGAAGAAGGAUCUCCGCGACGACCCAGUCGCCAUUGAAGAGAUGCGGAAGAAAUCUCAGAGAUUUAUCACGCCGACCGAGGGCGAGCAUGCCGCGAAAGAAAUCGGCGCGCGCAAGUACCUCGAGUGCUCGAGUUUGACGGGCGAGGGCGUCGAUGAUGUGUUUGAGGCGGCCACGAGAGCGUCGCUGCUCAUGUUUGAGAAGAGCGAGGGGGGCGGCUGCUGUGUCAUUUUAUGAGCAACCAACGCAUCUGACAUGUGGUGCUUCUCACGGGACAAGACCGAUUUACGCCAGGAGGAGGACGGGAUGGCAUAGGUUUCUUUUGCAAGCCCCAGGUCGCGUUGGAAGUCGCAUGAAGUAGUAAGGCAGUUCAGGUCUGAGCAGCUUCACUUCAUGUUCAUCAUCACCAUUACUCCACCAACACACCACACUACACCACAUACCACCCCAGACGACAUCACUGCCACCGCUUGGCCGGAACGAAUAACAUUCUUACUCAAUCAUCCCUCACAAACCGCCCUAAAUCCGGCACAACAGUCCAUACACACACGACAUUUGACGUGUGAAAACGACGGGAGGGGGGGAACCAAAAAGGCCAGCGAGUUUCUGUAUUAAUAACGGUUUUAUAGAAGUUACUUUCGGUUUUGCUUUCUCUCUCUCUGGUUAUAUCUUUCUCACUACUCUCAGUCGGAGGCUUUUUUCUCUCUCAAGUAUCGAUCUAGGGAAUGGGGGAACAAGCGGGGAGGUGUUUUGUUUUCAUUGUCUGUAUUUUGUCAUGUUUUUUUAUUAGUGUUCAUCAAAGGGAAAUGGGAGGGGCAGGUAGUGAAAUUGGGUUUGGGCUGGGUUCUCUUUUCUCUUUUUCUGUUGUUUUGUUGCAUGGAAAGCGAAACUGGGAAUUUAAUUAUUUUGAACUGUGUUUUUGAGGUUUUUCUAUCUUGAACUGCCGAUGUCUCUGUUUCCUACCAUAUCUCCAUUUCUUCUCUAUGAGCAGGGUAAUAUGGGAACAUGUAAAAAGCGUGGUGUUGUAGGUGCGGCAGGGGGCGGUUGUGACUUAUCGAAUAUUUUCUGUAUUCAAUUCGAAAAAAAAAAAACAGAUUGUGGACUCAU